AUGUCGACUCAGCCAUCACCAGGAGCUACCAGACAAGGGAGCCUCUUAGGGGCUAUUUUGUUGGCUUUUGUUGGAAUUCAAAUUGUUCUCUUAGCACGGGGACUAUACCAGACCCGAAAGCUUCGAGCACUUGAACGACUGUAUGGCUGCGAGAAGCUCUGCGACGAAAGCGAUUUUCGAUACGACGUAUUCGGUAUAGUGAAAGCAAUAAAACUAGGUUCUCAUUUUCGGCGGCGAACAUCACUCCUCUACACAAAUUCUCUAUUUCAGAGAUAUGGCGAAACGUAUGCUUCCGAUGUCCUCGGCCACCGAUUGAUUUUCACCUGUAGUGCAAAAAACAUCAAGCAUAUGUUGUCCAUAGCGUUUGUCGAUUUCGAUAGUUCUCCCUUGCGAAAACCAUUGUUUGAGUCAAUCACUCCACAUGGCAUUUUCACUCUCGAUGGUGCAGACUGGAAGAGAAGUCGAGGGCAGAUGCGGAAUCGGCUGUCUAACCUCCGAAGUGUCAUUGAUCUAGACUUAUGCGAACAGCACUUCCAGGCCUUUCUUCAACACGUUCCACCAAAUGGCCAGGUCUUUGACGUUCAACGUUGUACUUCUGCUCUCGCUUUGGAUAUGCAGACCCGGUUCUUCCUCGGAGAGUCUGUUGAUGCCCUCAGCUUUACUCAGUCCCAAGAAAAAAAGCAAUUCAUAGAAGAUAUUGAGAUCGUCAAAGAAAUAAUCGUGCGAGACGGGUUUCGUGGUCCACUCCGUCAUUUGAUGCCGAAGCGAGCUUUCCAUAAAUCGUGUUGGAGAGCACGGAAAUAUAUAAUGGCUCAAGCCAGGCGGGAAGUUGAAAGACGAAGCAGCAGUAUCGAAAAGACCAAAGAUGGACAUGCUAGCACUGAUUUCAACAAAUCCGAAGAAAUUUCGUUGUUCGCCGAUCAGGCAAUGAGCAUUGUGUUCGCAAAUGACAGCAUGAGCACCACACUCUCGGGUCUUUUAUUUUGCUUAUCCAAGGACGAACGUAUCGUGAAAAAGCUCCGAGCAAGCAUAAUCGACGCCAUUGGACUCACUCCACCAACGUGGAAUCAGCUUGGAAUGUUGCAUUAUGUUCGCUGGGUACUCCAGGAAGCUUCGAAGUAUUGA